AUGCAGGCUCGAAGACAACUCAUCACAUCCGCCCGGCGGUUCGGGCUCAUUACUUCUCCACUAUCAAGAUCAUCUCGACCACUGCUAUCAAGGACUGUCCUCAAUGACAUCACUACCCAUAGCGCUCAACGCCUUCCCGCUGUCGCCUUCAGGGCAUAUGCAUCAGGCCGCGGGCCACAUCCCCCGGGUGGCACUCACCGCAUGGACAUGGGCGGAGGCGAGCCCGAGAAGCCAGCAUUAGAGCAAUUUGGUAUCGAUUUGACACAGAGAGCGAAAGACGGCAAGCUGGAUCCUGUAAUUGGGCGAGACUCAGAAAUCCAGCGAACCAUCCAGAUUCUUUCGCGCCGUACUAAGAACAAUCCAGUUCUCAUCGGAAAUGCAGGCACAGGCAAGACAGCCAUCCUCGAAGGUCUCGCCUUGCGAAUCGUUCGGGGUGACGUUCCUGAAAGUGUCAAGAACAAAAGGUCCUCGAUGAGGUUCAGAAGGCCGAGGGCGAAGUCAUCCUCUUCAUCGACGAGCUACACACGCUCCUUGGUCUCGGCAAGGCCGAAGGCUUCUAUUGAUGCCUCCAACCUGCUGAAGCCAGCACUCGCAAGGGGUGAGCUCCAGUGCUGCGGUGCGACUACACUGGACGAGUAUCGACAGAUUGAGAAGGAUGUCGCUCUUGCGAGGCGCUUCCAACCCAUCAUGGUCAAUGAACCCAGUGUCCAGGAUACCAUUAGCAUUUUGCGUGGCAUCAAGGACAAGUUCUUGCCAGACAAGGCCAUCGAUCUGAUGGACGAAGCUGCAAGUCAUUUGAAGCUACAACACGAAUCAAAGCCCGAGGACAUCAUGGCUUUGGACCAGAAGAUUAUGACGAUCCAGAUCGAGUUAGAAAGUCUACGGAAAGAAAAGGAUGUCGCCAGUCGCGAGCGACGCGAGAAGCUCGAGACCGAUCUCAAGGCACUUCAGGAGGAGAUAUUGGGACUGACAACCCGAUGGGAGAAGGAGCGUGCUGAGAUUGAGGCCGUCAAGAACGCGCAGGAGGAGCUCGACAAGGCAAAGGUGGAACUAGAUGUUGCUCAGAGAGAGGGCAACUUUGGUCGAGCUGGUGAGCUGCGGUACAGUGUCAUCCCCUUCCUGGAGGAGAAAAUCCCCAAGGAAGAGGACAAACAGGAUGGCUCCCUUAUUCACGACUCGGUUACCGCAGACGACAUUGCUGCUGUGGUGUCCCGCAUCACAGGGAUCCCCGUCUCGAAGCUCACUUCUGGCCAUAUACAGAAGCUGGUUCAUAUGGAAGAUGCCCUCCAGGCGUCAGUCCGUGGCCAGGAUGAGGCCAUCAAGGCGGUGUCGAAUGCUGUACGUCUUCAACGAGCGGGUCUUAGCGGCGAUAACCGGCCCCUAGCCAGCUUCUUCUUCCUGGGCCCAACAGGUGUGGGCAAGACGGAGCUUUGCAAGAAACUUGCAGGCUUUUUGUUCUCGACAGAGUCGGCAGUCGUUCGCUUCGACAUGUCCGAAUUCCAGGAAAAGCAUACCAUCUCGCGUCUGAUUGGUGCUCCAUCCGGCUAUGUUGGCUACGAAGACGCUGGUCAGUUGACAGAGGCUGUUCGUCGCAAACCCUACGCCGUCUUGCUCUUCGACGAGUUUGAGAAGGCCCAUCGCGAUAUCUCAGCUCUCCUGCUCCAAGUUCUGGACGAGGGUUAUCUCACCGACGCCCAGGGUCACAAGGUCGACUUUCGAAACACCAUCAUCGUCUUCACCUCCAACCUAGGUGCGGAUAUUCUUGUCGGAGCCAACUCCUCUCACCCCUACACCGAGACUGAAGACGGCGACGUGAGCCCCGACGUGCGCAAAGCCGUCAUGGAUGUUGUGGCAAGCGCCUAUCCCCCCGAGUUCCUCAACCGUAUCGACUCCUUCAUCGUUUUCAAGCGGCUCGCCAAGAUGGCCCUCCGCGACAUUGUCGACAUCCGCCUGCGCGAGCUACAAGCUCGUCUUGACGAUCGGAGGAUCACUCUCAAUGUGUCUUCCGACGUACGGGACUGGCUUGCUGAGCGAGGCUACGACCCACGCUUUGGCGCUCGUCCGCUGAACAGGCUCAUCACCAAUGAGAUCGGCAACGGGCUGGCAGACCGCAUCAUCAGGGGCGAGCUGAAGAUGGGCGAGACUGCUGAAGUGGUCAUUAAGGAAGACGGAUCGGGACUUGAGGUGAAGAGUAGUGUUGCGGGUGCCGAAGCAGAGGGAUCUACUCCCGCUUGA